UCAUAUAGAUCUUGUUCUUCCAAGACCGAGAGUCUCCCUCUUCAUUCUAUAGCGACACGCUCAUCGUUUUCAGGUUAUAGUCGGUUUGUUUACUAUACGAUAAUAUUCCUUUUCUUUCCCGAGUGUGUGUAACUCGAGUUUAUUUUCAAAUUUCAUUUUUGACUUCACGCAUUAAACAAGGUAUGAAAAUUUCGUUUUGUCAUAUUAAUAUUUGGUUUAUAAAUUAUCAUACGUGUUCGAAGCUGCUUGCUUAAAAUUUUAUGCCGAACGUCCGCAAAUUUGAAGGAUCAGAUUGGAUAAAAAUAUUAAAAGCUGUACCUAUUUUGUAUGUAUUUUAGAUGCCCGAAGCAUCCGUCAAAAAACCCAGCAAAUCGGCCUCAAAGGUCAAAAAAGAAAAAGUCGAUAAAGAGGCACCCGUCAAAGAGAAGAAAAUUGUCAAGCCAAAAAAACAACAGAAGAGGCCCUAUGGACGUUUGUAUGCGAGAGCAGUGUUCACAGGUUUCCGUCGAGGACUCCGCAACCAACACGAAAACACUGCUUUACUAAAAGUUGACGGAUGUGAUUCGAAAUCCGAUUCUUGGUUUUAUGUUGGAAAACGUGUAGCUUACGUUUACAGGGUAUAUAUAAAUUUCAAUUAGUUUUGCCGUAUUUUGUAUUGUUUUAUCCGAUAUGCAGAUGCUGCAUUUAUUAGGUUACAGUAUUGCUUGAUAUAAAGUACAAAUAAAUUCAUAGAAUUUUCUUUCUAAAUAAGUAAUUCUAUCUAGAUUUACAAUUAAAAUUCUUUGUUUUUGUAUAACAUUUUACACGAUGAACCUCUUGUAAAUUAUAGCUGGGGAAAUUUUAUUCUCAUAAAGAAUAAAAUGUUAGAGUGUGUGUUCCUUAUUAAAGUUGGUGAUAUCAAUCAUUUGUAUUUUGAGGUCUUUGAAAAACUUCUGAUUGACUCUAGGUGUAUAUGAUGAACAAACAAAAUGCUCAGGAAUAUUUAUUUAAAUUUUUUAUGGGUUAGUUAUAAAUAUUAUGUUUUGAGUUCUAAUUUAAUUUAACUAAUAAUAGUUAAAAUUAAUAUUUUUGGGUAACAUCUUGGAAGCCAAACCAGAUUUUCCCUACAUAAUAAAAUAAAAAUUAUCAAGUUUUAUAUUUUUUUUUUAGACUAAUUACUCCCCUAUUUUUUUUUUUUUUUUUUGUUAUCUACAUAAUUUGAUUUUGGUUUAGGCCAAGAGAUUGGUUCCGGUUCCUGGACGCCCAAAGAAGAAGUCAAAGGUUCGUGCAAUCUGGGGUAAAGUAACUCGUCCUCAUGGUGCAACUGGAUCUGUACGAGCUAAGUUCAAGACCAAUCUUCCUGCUAAAGCAAUGGGUCACCGUGUCAGGAUUGUAAGUACCUUAUUAUAUUUUUUAAUAUUAAAAAAUUGUUUACACUAUUCUUGGUAUUCGAUUCAGAGCGUAGCAAAAGACAAAUCUGUAUACAUUUUUUUGCUUUGAUGUAUAGUGUUCAAGGUAAUUUUAUCUAGUUGGUGCAUAGCACAAGUGUUUUGAUUUUUAAAAAUAAUUGGAAAAAACCAUAAAAGAAAAUUAUAAGUAAAACAGUAAAUAUUUGUGGCAAGCUAAUAUUUCAUUUUUUUCUUUUUCUCUAACUUUUACCAGUAAUGUUUUUCCAAUCGAAGAAUGACAAGAGAUGAUUUUUUUGUUAAUAUAUAGCCACUAUCAAAGAAAGUCAAUUUUUGAUUACCAAAGUAGUCUCUUACUAAGUGGAAAAAUUUAAAUUAAUUAAUAUUUACGGCAAUCUUUGGCGCCCCAAUAUAAUAAUUUUAAUUUUUGCAAAAAAUGUAAUUUAAUGUUAAACAAGUGCUUUUUUAACCAAUAUAUUUAUGCCAAAUGAAAUAAAAAUAAUUUUUGCAAAUGAUGUUUUCUAUGAGAAAUAUUGUUCCAAUUUAAAAAUGACUAAGUUCCAUUUAAUAUUUAGCCACUGACAGAAGAAGACAUUUUUAUAAUAAUUAAGAAAAACCAAAAAAGUAUGAAAUUUACAAUUUAAUUUUUUUUUUUUUUUUUUAUUAUGAACAAUUUCAUUAUUUAAAAUUUAUUUAUUGUUAUUUUUAUACCAGAAAUCUGUCUGAAUUUCAUAAAUAGCAUAUUUUCUAAAAGAAAAUAGUGUCGUUUGUAAGUCUUUUGAUUGUCCAUAUAGUUUUCUUCUUAAUUAUAAAUGACUGUGGAAAUAAGGCAUUUGAGUUUUUCAGUUAAAAAUUAUUGUGGAUCCCUGUAGUUUUCACUUAUUUUGGGCUUUAGUAGAUGUAAAAUAUUCAACAUAUUUUAGGCUAUAGGUAUUUGAUAUGUUUACAUAUUUUUAUUUGGUAAAUGCAUUAACAUUUAAAACAAAUGAUAACUUGUUAUUUUGUAAUUGUAGAAGAAAAAUGGAACUGAUGUUAAAUUAAGAUCGUUAAUGAAUAUAUAUAUCACAAUAAUAAUAAUAAUUAUUUAUUUUAUAGAAUAAUAAAAUUAACUAGUCAUGAAAGUAAAUUAAUACUCUACAGAUUUGAUUAUUUAAUAUUUCCUUUUGAUUUAUAAUUUUAAUAAAGAAUAAAAAACAAAUUAUAAACUCUUAUUUCAUCUGUAGUUUCAAAAUAAAUUAGUCUGUUAAUACUUGUAUUAAAAUUUCAUAAAUAUUUUAAAUAAUCUCUUGGUACUUGUAUGAUUUUUUUUCCUAUUUUGUUAAUUAUUAUAUUUUGUCUCUGAUUAUCAAUUAAUUUAUUAUCACCAAUAAUUUGUAAUUUUCGUCUCUUAACUAGAGUUGCAUAUUUUAUAUAAAAUAAACUCCAAUUUACAAGAUACAAAUUAUUUUUACUAAGUUAUAAUUUUAGGAAAAUUUGAAAAUAACUUUUAUUCUUACUUAAUGACUUUAUAUUAAAUUAUUUUUACUAUUACUAGUUGAAAAGAAUGAUCAGCUUUAUUGUACAUUAACAUUAACAAUUUUUCAAUGUAUUAAUAGUUAUUUAUUUAUUUUUUGUUUCAGAUGUUGUAUCCUUCUCAUAUAUAAGUUUAUAUAACAUAUUUGACAAUUUUAAGUUUUAAACAAAAAAAAAUAAAACAAAAAAAAUUGUAUAAAUUGUUGUU